AUGGCCGACGGUUUGCAACAGCGCGACCCCACGGACUGUUCGCCAAGGAAACUCAUGAGGAAGAUCGAGAGCUGCAUCUUCAGAAAUGCUUUGAACGAAGAAGAAAGAGCCCAAAAAGCCCUCUACCUGCUAAGAACGCGAGAUUAUCAAAUAGCUUUCUUGGAGAAACGAGUUGCAGAAUUGGAAGCUGCCGCCGCUGAUCUACACGAAAUUGUCAUUCAACAAACCUCGAGAGCAUCGUCGAUCACAGUACGCAACAAAACUUCUUCAGACAAAAAUGAAGAAUCGUGUAAGACAGAAAAUGACGAUGAAACUGACGAAAAAACUGAUCCUUAUGUGUCCAGCAAUGAUAAUUUACAGAAAAAUAAUGUAAAUGGGAAUUGUGACGUCACUGUGGGCAAUCGAGUGUUCGUUCCACGUUUGAAAUUGUCGAAAUCUUCAACGUCGAAUUCAGGGAGAGAAAUAUUCUCCACAGCUAUCGAUUUUGUGGUUGAGAAGAAGAAAUGUCUUACUCCUGACACCACUUUUUCUUUUUCCAACGAAAAUUCAGAGAAGACGAUUGAAAAGGACGAAAAAUUCCGCGAGAAAAGUGUCAAUCAUGCAAGUGAAACGAAAGAGAAAAUUGUGAAUAAUCGGAAGACAGUUGAAGAUUUGAAGGAGAAGAAGAUGGUUCAAAAAGAAAGUGAAAUUGUGUGUGAAAAUAAAAGUGAUAAGAAAAGUAGUUCUACUGUGUCAAUGGAGAAGAAUAAAGAAAACGUUCUAGUUGCUAGUGAUAGAAAAAAGUAUAAUAAUUUGCCAAGAAGUUCUUCGAGUGUUCCGUGGAUUCGAGCGAAACACUGUUACCGGAAGAAGCUUCGAGGCUCCGAGCUGAAAACCGGAAGAAGAUUCAAGGAGCUGCCUGUUGGGGAUGGACACAUGAACUUCGCCGCGUUUGGGUGA